CAGUGAGAUAACGUGAUGCAAGGGAAUGGCUUAGAGGUUAAGUCGCAAUAAAAGGAAAAGAGCAGCAGGGACCUUAGCCCGAGCGGUGUUAGCCUGUCAGACGAAGUACCUUUCGGGCGACGCUUCUGGCACCUCCUGGGGGAUUCCCUUGCCAUCCGGCUAUUGCACCGGAAUCCGCUUGGUCUGCGUCAUUUGGUUCUCCAAUACGCUUCGUUGCUGAAGCGCUUGGGGGAGAAUCUACUAGAAAGGUUCUGGUUGGGUUGACUCAGGCUCCCACGGCAGCCACCUAUUAUUGGGUUUUCACUACGGAAUGGUUGCUGAAAGGAAAGAGUGGUAACGCAUACGAAAAUUUUGUCCUGCAAACUUAGACGACGGGGCAAAGCCUGAACCCAUGUGGUAGGCACUCCUGAUGCCCUGGAGUGAGACGAAGCCAGUUGCCGGGGCCUGAUAUCAGUCCGGGGGAGUGUCUACGAGCGGCCAGGACGACUCCGUCCGUACCCGCCACUGACGCCACCAGUCGGUAUCUCAGCCCGACCCAAUCCAGACCGCAGCCGUGUUCCUGAAAUAGAACCCGUUGAAACUCCCGGUGAAAAUACUCGUUGCUACUCCGAAGAAUUGCUCAUUAUUGUUGGUAUUCUCUCACCAGGCAAACUGGUGGUGAUCAGGGAGUAAUGCGACAACUGGCCUUGCGGCGGCAGCAACGGCGAUGACGUGUGAGUUGGGGGCAUCCCUUAUCGGAAGAUGGGGGAAGGGGAUCCUCUCCAGCUGUUAUCUCGACGGCGCGGCCUCGGGAAGUGGCCUUAGGCCAUCGCUAGCGGCUGGAGAUGGGUCAGGUGAUCGUCGCAUCCGGAAUGCCCCGCUUUGGCCGGGCACCACUGAAUCGUAUCCAUGACUGCAUGCAUUCCAGUGUCAUAUACCAGCUCAUCGUUUGCAUCAUCACUAUUUACUAUUUACUCACCAGUCAUGUAUCAAUUAUCUCUCUUGAUAACUGUCUCUUGGCUGCGUCAUCUGUCGUGGUUGAAUGUGCGUAUGUGCCAUACAGGCUAUUGCAUUGGGCGGCUGUAAGAAAGUUUCCCUAAAUACGAACUAGUGUUUCUUCUGUUUUGAAGGCAUGAUAACCCAACGAGACUACCACUAUCGCGUCCAACUCUCUGGGUCGUAGGACGGAAUGACCUUCCACUUAUGGUUACGUCGGUUCGGAACUUUCUUCUGCUUGAAGAGGGUGACUCUAGAUAAACAAAGAAAGGUGGUACCAUUCUCAAUUCCCGUUGAGUGAUCCGCUCUCAAUCAACAAGCCUAUCAUAAACUACGGCUGCCGGCAAGGCGCAUGCGGGCAAGCUGCUGUCGGUGUGAUUACCGUCCCCACCCAACAGCUAGGCAUAAUGGGCUUGUUGUGGCCUUAACCCAUACACGUUGUAGACUUAAAGAGUUGACUAACAAGGUCGCCAAGAUGAUACAUAUUUGAGGGCUGUAGCAACAGAGAUCCUGAGUUCAAUACUCAGUUCAACCAGCACGGUGGUGACAUGGAUCAAACAUAUACACAGCAAUUGCACACUAAACUUGGUGCGACAGUGGGACUCUCGCAUCCACACUGAAGUUGAAGAAACAUCACUUCUAUCCAAACUUCACAGAAGAUGUCUGACAGACGUCAAAGCCUUCAAGCACUCAUUCAUGUCAAUGGGGGUGGAUAGAAGAGUACGUAUCCGAAGCAAAAAACCGAACCGUCAUAGGAGACCGGCGCUCUACCAUUGAGCCAAUAGACCAAUGGAAACGAUCUACAUGGGACUCGAACCCACAACCUCCGGUUUUCCAAACUCAUCCAAUGAGCCAACGGACCGAUUUAGCCGGGAGCUUCAAAAUAAUGUCUUAUGGACAGUAGUUUGCCCUUCUCCGAAGAAUGGCAGCUGCCAGCUGAUGAGUGGGUCUUAGCGACAGAUGCCCGGUGCUUUGUUUACAUUUCCGAUGCGGUAUGGGUGAGUAGACUGUGAGAGCAUUCCUCACACUUAAGUUUGCUUACUAUAGAGACAUACAUGCGCGGUGAAUGUAUCCUUUGCAUUACUGUUGCUCAUGUUGCCCAGUGAAAGCGGAC